CACGUUGUCCAAGAUGGCGGAAACAGCUAAAAAAGCUAAAAAGAAAAAGGGGAAGACUUUGGCCCUGACCGAGUUCUUGGCAAAAGAUGGCGAAAACGGAUCGUCGACUGUUACUCAUGCGGCUAUAUACUCAGCUAGAUCGACGAGCUGGGCGGACGAAAGUGAGAACCUAAGCACUGAAGUGGACACUACAUGGCCUGAAGAGGCUUAUGGGGGAAUCUCUACAGGCAAUAAACUACGUGCAGCAAUGGAUAGAGCCUCUCUUCCAACUGCACCAAGGGCAUCCAGAGGCCCUGACAUAGAUGUUACCAAAGUUCCUGAUGAUCCCCCUUACACAGCAUUUCUUGGAAACCUUUCAUACGAUGUUGACAGGGAUGACAUCUUUGAGUUCUUUGCCGGCAAAAAGAUCACUGAAGUGAGGCUCCCCCAAGACAGUAAUGGGCGACUUAAAGGGUUUGGCUAUGCAGAGUUUGUGGAUAAGGAGUCUCUUGUGGCUGCUUUAACUCUAAACAAUGAGCAUCUGAAGAACAGAAGAAUACGAGUCGACGUUGCUGGACAACAACAACAGCAAGAACGCGAGCGCGGUGACCGGGAUCGGAGUAAUGAACCUGAUCGCACAGAUAGUGAUUGGCGAAGCAAACCCGAACCUCCCCCAACCCAGAAUGGUAACAACGACAGAUAUAACGACGAUGGUGGAUCCCGUGAUCGUUGGGGUCCUCGAGGAUACGACGGUGGACCUCGGGAUAGAUCGGGUUACCGAGGAUAUGACGAUGGACCUUCUUGGGACAGAUCAGGUGGAAGGGACCGAGGGUACGAUGACGGACCUCGGGGCAGAGACCAGGGAUACCAGGACCGCCGAGGAGACGAUCGGUACGGGGACCGUGACAGGGGAAAGGGAUUUGGCAGCAACUGGGAUUAUGGAGACAGAGACAGGCGAGAUGACAGAGGUCAAGACCGUUACGAUGGUGGCCGAGAUCGCCCCGAUGAUCGACGAUAUGGAGAUCGUUACAGUGGCGAUCGGGGAGGCGGAUAUGGCCGAGACCGUUACGACGAUCGCCGAGGUGGUGAUCGUUAUGGGGGUGAUCGAGAUCGCUACGGCGGAUAUGGCCGAGAACGCUACGAUGAUCGCCGCUCCGGUGGUCGAGCGCGGCGGGACAGCAAUCGGUCGAGCGACGGAGAAAGGGGAGGGAAAGAUCGACGAGACAACCCGGACUUUCGCAGCCGGCGUGACAGCGCGAGGUCCAGUGACGAGGGUUUUCCAAGCAAGGCAGUCGAGCCCGCUUCUCGGGAUAACUCUCGGGGAGGUGGAAAAGAGGCCAAGGCGGCACCGAAGGAGGCACCUAAGGAUGCUCCACCUCCUGCUGUGAAUGUGUGGACGCAGCGGAUGGAGCAACAGAAAGCGGCAUCGACGGGAACGGCUGAGCCAAAGAGUCCCACCGAGGAGCAUAGAGUGGAGAUCAACGUUGACAGUAGCACCAUGACAGUGACGUCUCCUACCUCUCCCACCUCUCCCACCUCUCCCACCUCUCCCAUCUCUCCCACCUCUCCCACUUCUUCAGAGAGAAAGGGUUUCCCCAGCAAACGGUCUGGCCCUCGAAAGGAGUUCAGAGAAGGCGGGGGUCCGCCAAAAGGCAGAGGCAGAGGGAUACGCCCUGAGCGAGGAGAACGAAGCGAGAGAACUGACAGAGGCGACAGGGCAAGCGUGAAUGGUCCGGACGGAGGUGGUAGAGGAGUGAAGAAGGAGAAGAGGGAACGGAGACCUGCAGAGCCUAAGAAAUACGAGGAGACCCAACAACCGGUCUUCCACACAAAGAGCAAAUUUGCUGCUCUCUUGGAUGAUGAAGAGCCAUCCGAACAGGACACACAAGAACAGUUAGACGCCGAAGACGAGACGUGAUGACAUCUCUCUGUUCCUUUUUUUUAAUAUUAUUACAAGUUAAACAAAUGAAUUGCAAGCCCCAGAUAAAAAACAUUGGUGUAAAUCGUUAGGUCACCCUUCUGCUUUACCAGGGCGCAUGCUAAUUGAUGGAAACCGCUGGCGUUUGUUACGACGUGACCGACUUGAUUUGGUUGUAAGCACGGACACAUUAGGUAGACCAGUGCAAGCCGCAUUUCAUAAAUUUGAACUUUAAUAUAUUUUGGUGAGAUUCUAUAAAUGAGAGGGUUCGACUUUGCAUUUUUCUUUCCUUCGGUCUUAGUAGCUUUGAUGAUAUUUUAAACUACAGGUUUCACUAAUUAUUUUGGACAACUUCGCUGCUACUAAGUUGUUUCUUUCCGUGAAAAUGUUGUUUUUUCGAUUUUUUUUCUAUUGAAGGUGAGAUGGAUUUAACGCUAUUUUCUUAUCUUGACUCGUUAUGCGAUCGCGAACAUUUGGAUGAAAUUACUUUUUGUGUUGGAAGACGCCUGUUUAAGUGAAGCUUUGUAAGUGUAAAGAGUUUACUUUCGUGAUGUUAGUCUUAAGAGUAGGUUCAUAAUCGAUGAUUGCUGCUAUUAUAUAAGAUAAAAUGUGCACUUCAGUGCAGUUUUAUUUUAUUUUCUACCACAAAAAAAUUGUGGAAACGGUUAAACGAGGGUUGAAAAUCCGUCCAGUCCUCAUGAGGUGUUUUUCUGGUCGUGGGGGAGGGUAGAGGAACCCUCUCAAACUCAGUGAUCAAAGACUUCUUGUCGUUCGAAACCUCUUUUUUCUUUUCUUUUUUUCUUUUUUUUUUUUUUCGUAUCACUGAAGUCCAUACCAGCUUAUUUAAAUACGAUUACCUUCCCCAGUGAGAAGUUAAAUUUAUUGGCUCGGAGCGGUAAUUAAUGCACUUAAUGAUGGUGCAGUGAUUUUAAUAAAAAGUUAUAGUCUUGUUCA